UGUGAAAAGAAUCGAUAAAGCGCUUGGAUAUUUCUGAAUAAUGCAUUAGUUGGGAUUGGUCAAUUAGUUGUUCAUUCGGCCUUUGGCUUGGGUAAAUACCCAGGCAAUAAGUAGUGAAAAGUGCAAUUUUCUAAUAUUUAAAUUGCAACGAAAAUGUCUAAAGUUCCAAUUAGCAAAGUGACCCAGUCCUGGCAUUACAUUCGAGACAAAUGUGCUCACAAGUUUUGGGAUCCCGAGUCGCCUCCCGACUUGACCGUAGAAGAAGACAUCACCGGCCAGGUUGUCAUUGUGACCGGGUCGAACACCGGGAUUGGGCGAGAAACUGCCCUCCAACUUGCCAAACGCAAAGCCAAGGUGAUUCUGGCAUGCAGAAAUCUGGAAAAAGCUGCAGAGGCGAGGGACUACAUUUGGAGCAAGUUUCCAAAAGCGACCCUGGACAUAAUGCAUCUUGACAUUGGAGACCUAAGCUCCAUUCGCAAAUUCGUGUCUGAAUUUGAGACCAAGUAUGCAAAGCUGGACAUUCUGGUGAACAAUGCGGGCGUGAUGUUUACGGACGGGAAGCUGCACAAGACGGAGGACGGAUUUGAGGUCCACAUGGGGACGAACCAUCUGGGACCUUUCUUGCUCACCAGGCUCCUCGUCCCCUCCCUCAAAAAAGCUGGUCCGGGCAAAGUUGUGUGCGUGUCAUCGUCUCAACUCACAUUGUGCCGCUUGGACCUGGACGAUCUCAUGAUGGAGAAAAGGGUGCGGACAGGGAGUGACGGGACGGAGCCUUACAACGUGUCCAAACUCGCCGACGCCUUGUGCAUUAGGCGGUUGGCGUCAUCCUUGAAACAAAAUGAUAAUAUUCACGUAUUCCAGCUCUGUCCAGGAUUUGUCACAACGGACGUGUUUCGCAGUGACGUUGGCCUGUUCGGAUUUGUACGGAAAAUCAUGUUGCGAGUGUCGGGCGUGACACCAGCGUAUGGAUGUGAAACGGUCGUGUUUUGCUGCGUAAAUAAGUCGUUGACGGCCACAGAGCAUAAUAUGUUUUACGGGGCUGGAGAAAUGUACCGUUUCUGCGCUCGCUAUGAAGAGGGGACGAGUUUUCUUGAUCCCGAGGACCCAAAAGCAAUCCAGUUGUAUAAAAUGAGUGAGGAAUUUGUUGGACUUGCUGAGUAAUUGUCAUACUCGACCAAAUGUUGUAGUAACUCGAGCUGCCGAAUAUAUAUAUUUAUUUAUAAUAUAUUUUUGUACCCCAGUUUAUUUAACCUGUUGCAAGUAUAGCAGCUAAGGGUUAGUGACGCACAAUAAAUAAGUAAAAAAAAA